CACUUUUCUGUAAUCAUGACUGCCAGGAAAUUUUUCGUCGGUGGAAACUGGAAGAUGAACGGCGAUAAGAAAAGCCUUGGAGAGCUUAUCAACACUCUGAACGGCGCGAAGCUCAACGCCGACACCGAUGUGGUCUGUGGUGCUCCUUCCAUUUACCUUGACUUUGCCAGGUCCAAGCUUGAUGCUAAAAUUGGUGUUGCUGCGCAGAACUGCUACAAGGUCGCCAAGGGUGCCUUCACUGGAGAGAUCAGCCCUGCGAUGAUUAAGGACUGUGGUGUGGAGUGGGUGAUUCUGGGACACUCUGAGCGCCGUCACGUGUUUGGAGAGAGUGAUGAGCUGAUUGGUCAGAAGGUAGCUCAUGCUCUCGAGAACGGCCUAGGUGUGAUCGCUUGUAUUGGGGAGAAGUUGGACGAAAGAGAGGCUGGCAUCACCGAGAAGGUUGUCUUUGCACAGACCAAAGCCAUCGCAGACAACGUUAAGGACUGGAGUAAGGUGGUCGUUGCUUAUGAGCCUGUCUGGGCCAUCGGCACUGGCAAAACUGCAUCGCCACAACAGGCUCAGGAAGUGCAUGAUAAACUCAGGCAGUGGAUGAGUGCCAACAUUUCUGAGGCUGUUGCUAACUCUGUUAGGAUCAUCUACGGAGGCUCCGUUACUGGGGCAACCUGCAAGGAGCUGGCAUCCCAGAAAGAUGUGGAUGGCUUCUUGGUGGGUGGAGCUUCACUGAAGCCAGAGUUUAUUGACAUAAUAAACGCCAAAGUGUAAACAACUUGAAACGGAGUAGCUGAGGCACAGCUCGCGCUAACUACGCCUGUUUCACCACCGCCCUAAUCUUGGCAUAAAGCGCACCUGUUUCAUUUGAACGAAAUUUUUAUUUCCCCCUCUCCCCAAGUAUUUGUGUGCUGCUGCUGCAUAAAUUCCUUUUCAUUUGUGCAUUAUGUAUUGUCCUUGAAAGAUGAUUUAAUCUUGAUAUGAUUUGGCACUUAAAAUGGAGGCAGUAUUGUCAAACUGUAAGGAGAUAAUGUUAACUCUCUCUACACUAAUGAUAAAGCUCCCUACCUGGAUUAGAGGAUUUAGCACUUGGCUUUUAGGCCAUGCCUUUACAUGACGAUGUUUACCAACUUUGUGUGCAUAUAUUGUCAAGUUUAUGGCAAAGAGCCAAUAACCAUGUUUCUCUUGUCCGUAGUAUUUUUCCCUUUACUGUAUGUUCUGUGAAUUAAGUUAAUAAUGCAUCAACUGCUCUCCAUGAACAGCAUCCAGACAGAGUGGCUGAUGUCAUAACCAUGCACUAUACGGUUAAUGCAAGUAAAAACCUUGUAAUAAAUGUGAGUCGAACAGU